AUGCGACCUCCCUCGAGCUCCGCUGAGAUUGCAACCUUCUCGCGGCACUCCUCUGCUCAGGAUACGUCCACCCCGACGCGUGAGCCACAGUAUCCAUCUGGCUUCAAGUUCUGGCUUGCUCUCUCGACACUAUGCCUGGGCAUUUUCCUCGUCACGCUGGACAACACCAUCGUUGCCACCGCUAUACCGUACAUCACAGACGAGUUCCACUCGCUCAAAGACAUCGGGUGGUACGGGAGCAUCUACCUCAUGGCCCUUUGCGUAUCGCAACUCCCCUUUGGCAAGCUAUCCGCACUGUACCCCAUCCGGGGCGUCUACACCGGCGCCAUACUCGUUUUUCUCGUCGGUUCUGCCAUAUGCGGUGCCGCCCCCAACUCUCCCGCCCUCAUUGCCGGCCGUGCCAUUGCUGGCCUAGGCUCAUCGGGUCUCUUGAUCACGGCCUAUGCCAUUAUACCUAGCAUCGCUCCACAACCGAAGCGCGCAUUGUGCCUAAGCCUUGUUUCAAUGGCUCGGUCGGUUGCCGCUACCGCUGGCCCCUUGAUCGGGGGAGCUCUCACCCAGAACGUCUCGUGGCGGUGGUCCUUCUAUAUCAAUCUGCCCCUCGGAGCCGUCAUAUACCUGGCUUUCUGGUUCUCCGUCACUCCGCCGAAACAUGCAGGGAAGUCCACCACUUCCAUAUCUGACCUGACCCAGACGCUUGAUCUUAUCGGAUUUGCUGCGUUGAUACCGUCUGUCAUUUGUCUGCUGCUGGCAUUGCAGUGGGGAGGUGUACAAUACCCCUGGUCCGACGCUCGCAUCAUCGCACUGCUCGUCGUGUUCGGUGUUCUCGGAGCAGCUUUCAUAGCUCUCGAAUUCUGGCAGGGCGAAAAUGCGAUGCUGCCGUCGCGCAUCUUCACCCAGAGGUCCGUGUCAUACGCCUCCUUCUACGGCUUUUGCACUAGUGGGGCUAUCUAUGUGCUGACUUACUAUCUCCCCAUAUGGUUUCAAGGUGUCAACGGAGCUAGUCCACUCACCUCGGCGGUAAAUACACUUCCUUGGCUCAUCACGAGUGUCAUCACCCUAAUUGGUGGCGGGAUACUCAUAUCCAAGCUUGGCCAUGCUGACGCCUGGAUGCUGGUCAGAACUGUCUUUGGCUCAGUCGGGUCGGGGCUCUUCAUGACAUUUACUCCUGAUACAAGCACGGGGAAAUGGAUCGGUUUCCAGAUCAUAUUUGCCAUCGGCUCGUCCUUAUUCAGCGUGACGCCUUUGAUCAUUGCCCAAAGCCGGCUCGCCCAGAAGGACAUUCCGAUCGGUUCCAGCAUGGUUGCUUUUGCACAGAUCAUGGGGAGCUCGAUCUUUCUAUCGGUUGCUCAGGCGCUUUUCACGACCCAUCUGACAUAUAGUCUUAAGCGGCUCGGCAUUGAUGGUGUAAACGGAAACACUGUCGCCAGCAGCGGUAUUACGAACCUCACCAACGGUUUAUCAGAAGAGGUUAAGAGAGAGGUGCUGCGCGUCAUUAACAAUGCUCUUACGGACUCGUGGCGUCUUCCAGUUGUGCUAACAUGCAUUUCGAUCGUUGGAGCCUUGGGAGUGGAGCAUUCCAAUCAAUAA